ACCAUUAACAUUCAAUCUCUUAUCGUUGAAUGUUAAUGGUCUAAGCGACCGUUUAAAAAGAACCGCACUUGUGGACUGGCUUAAGUGCAUGAGGGUUGACUUUGCGUGUCUCCAGGAAACGCAUGCCUCAUCGCACGAGUCCAUAAGAAAGUGGUUCAGUAAUACGGGUUAUAAGGUGGUAUCCUCGUCGGUGUCAAAUAAAUCUUGUGGCACGGCCAUUCUUGUAAGGGAUACCCAUAAGGUCAAUAAGGUCAUUAGGGAUGAGGAGGGCCGUUUUGUGCAAGUGCAUUUGGAGGCUGACGAACACUUGCUUUCUUUCGUCUCUCUGUACGCCCUGAAUAAGAACCCGGAGCGUAAUCGGUUCUUUUCCUCAAUCCCAGAGCUUAUUGACUUGAGUCGCCCCACAUUCAUUUGUGGGGAUUUUAACAGUGUCUUGGACAGUGCAUUGGAUCGGAAGCGUCGGUCAACUUACACUGGGAGCCAGACGGCUCAAUAUCAGGAAAGUGGGCCGGCAUUACAAUCUUUGCUUUCGGCUACCCAAACCUAUCCGUAUUACAUCCAGGUCAGACGGCCUACUCCUGGACCCAUGGGUCUGGGCAGUUUGCUUCACAGAUAGAUAUGGUUUGGGCCCCCACUGUUUUCCAAGACAACAUCAAGGAGUGUGAAUACCAUCCCUCCUUUUUUAGUGACCACUCUUAUUUGCUGGUCAAAUUUGAGUUGGAACAGAACUUCAGGGGUCCAGGGGUGUGGAAAUUCAACAGCUCCCUCCUGGAUGACCCCGAGUAUUGUGACCUCGUCGCGUCCUUUUGGUCCUUCUGGCAAAGUAGGGAGGGUUCUGAUGAGUACUCCUCCUUGCUGGAUUGGUGGGACAAGGGCAAGUACUAUCUGCGAGAGGUCACUCAUACAUUUUCAAAGGCUAAGGCUGAGGAUGGACGAAACCGAAAGUCUUCCCUCACACGACAGAUGCAUAAGUUGCGACGCCUCUUCGAGGCUGGUGAUCCAUCUGCCUUUGCACAGCUUUGUCAGGUGCAGGAAGACCUACGUGUAAUAGCUUUGCACGAAGCUCAAGGGGCACAAACAAGAUCUAGGUGCCAGUGGGCGGAGGAGGGUGAGUCCUCCUCGUCCUAUUUCUUUGGGCUUGAGGCUAAACAUCAGGCAUGCCAGAGGGUGUCGUCUAUCCGUGAUCCCGUAUCGGGUCAGGUCUGUCAUGACCCUAUUGACAUGUUGGGUGUGUGGCAGCGUUAUUAUGCCUCCCUUUUUACUGCUCAGCAGUGUGACACUGUCGCACAAGAGGACAUGUUGGCAAAGGUCACCCGCAAGUUUUCCCAGGGGGAACGUGAUGCUUGUGAGGGCCUUUUGACUGAGCAGGAGUGUUUUAAAGCCUUGUCAGGCAUGCCUCAUGGUAAAACUCCAGGGUCGGAUGGCUUUCCGAUGGAAUUUUACCUACGUUUUUGGCAAUCCUUCGGCACUGAUCUGAUUCGUGUUCUCAACGUUGCUUACAAGACCGGCCAGCUUUCCACCUCUCAGCGCCGGGGAUUGAUUAUAGUAUUAUAUAAAAAGAACGACCGUCUAGAAACGAAAAACUGGAGGCCGAUAAGCCUCCUAAACGUAGAUUACGAGAUUGCCACAACGGCAAUCUCAGGUCGUCUUCUUGAUGUGAUAGGUACGGUGGUGGGCACAGAUCAAACGUGUGGUGUGCCUGGUCGUACGAUCUCAGAAAACCUCUCUUUCAUUCGCGAUCUGAUCGAGUAUGUACAGCGUGAAGAUCUGCCUGUAGCCCUUCUCUCUUUAGAUCAAGAGAAGGCUUUCGAUAGAGUGGAUUGGGGUUUUCUGUUACGUAGUUUAGAACAUUUUAAUUUUGGUCCAAGCUUCUGUAGUUUAUACGGAUGUAGAGUCAGCAGUGGUAAUUAAUGGCUGGAUCUCUACAUUCUUUAAGCCAUCUUGUGGUGUGCGUCAAGGCUGUCCUCUUUCUCCUCUCCUCUAUGUGCUCUGCAUUGAAAUCUUAGCAGUCAACAUCCGUACGUCACCUCAUGUUACCGGUGUGUAUCUCCCCGAUUCCAUUGAGCAGUACAAAUGCUCUGGAUAUGCAGAUGAUACCACGAAAGCAGUGACGACGGACGAGUCGAUCAAGGAGGUGUUUAACAUCUAUGACACCUUUGAGGAAGCAUCUGGUGCAAAGUUAAAUAGGGGCAAGUCAAAAGGCAUGUGGCUUGGUGCCUGGAAGAGUAGAACCGAUACACCUUUUGGGCUAUCGUGGGUAAAAGAACUUCCUCUUCUUGGUGCUACCUUUAGUGUGGGAGAUUACACCAUCCCCACUUGGGAAAAGCCUGUAGCCAAACUGGAAUCACGCUUGUCCGCCUGGUCUCGUCGUUCGCUCUCAUUACAGGGCAAAACGACCAUCAUAAAUGUUUUGGCGCUCUUGCAGAUUUGGCACUUGAGUCACGUCUUUGCAAUGCCGGCGUGGGCGUCAAAACACAUCACGAAAGCUCUUUGGUCCUUUUUCUGGUCGGGCAAGAAAGAUCUGGUUGCUCGCACCACUGUAUGUCUACCAAAGUCUCGGGGAGGCUUUGGUGUCAUAGAUUUUGAAAGGAAGGCCGAGUCCUUCGCUCUGCAGUGGGUGAAAAGGUUUUUCGCUCCAGAACGAGACAAAUGGAAGAGCUUUUUUAAAUUUUUUAUCACCUCUUGUUUGGGCAGGUCCCCGCAAGAGGCUUUUGAACAUAUUCAUCCUAGUCGCUUGAUGAACGCCCUACCCCCCUUUUAUUGCAUCAUCUUCCACACAUGGCGUGCGUUGGAUGGGGACAGGGCAGGGGAUGAACUCGCUUUGCAGGCAUCUUCCGAUACGCCUUUGCCUGUAUCGCAGUUCUCCUCUUGUAAUACAUAUCGUCUUGGACAACUUAAACGGUACCGUGAGCCAACCUGCGUAUUACAUUUCUAUGGCGACUAUGGUCCUUUGCACUGGGCUCAAACAUGGGCUCAGUUGCAUAUUACCACCUUGGACCGUUUCGUCAUAGAUCUGAACUGGAAAGUAGCUCACAGUGUCCUCUACACCGGUUCCCAUUUAAGACAUGAUUUUGGGAUGGCUCAUUGUAGAUCCUCAGUGCUUCUGUGGCGCUGACGAGGAGACGCUGGAGCAUCUCUUUCUCAAAUGUCGAGUUGCCAGGAUUGUGACAGGAUGGAUCUUUUUUAACCUGCUGCAGGUUGAUCCUACAGCAAGCAAAUUUCUUGUAGACGAGCCACUCUUUGGUUUCACGACGGAAAGUCGUCGUAAGAUUCCAUUGGUCAUUUUAUGGAUGCUUCAUAUGAUGAAGCACAUCAUUUGGGUAGCUCGUUGUGAUUAUCGGUUUCGAGGCAAGAUGUCCGUUGAGUCGGAAUGUCUCAACAAAUUGAUCGUCCGAAUCAAGUUUGUCCUUUGUCUUCUUGGUCGGAAAUGCAAGUCACCAGCUCAAGUUCGAUCUUUUGAGAAGGAGUGGCUUGCAAGUGGUCGUUUGGGUCAUUUCCAGGGCGAGAAGCUGGUCUUCUCUUUUUAAAUGUCUUUGUUGUUCUGUGACCGGGGGUCGCCUUCAUUGGUUGAACUGCCGGGAUUGGAAUCAACUAUCCCCUUGCCUUCCUAGCUAGAUAUUAGAAUUUUCUUUGGCUGCUCUUCUCUUGUGGGAGGUGGCGUUUUUUAAAUGCCUAGUUUAGUUCUUAGUUUUUAAAUAUAAAUAAAUAUAUACUAAAUAGGCUUAAAUGUACCCCCAAUGGGGCAUCAGAAUAAUAAUAAUACCCGGGUACAUUUAAGGAGGAGUUAGGGAUCAUCUCCCUAGUUGUUUGUGUGCCGGUGCACACUCCUCGUUAUAGACAAAUUCAUUGCACAAGCCCAAGUGGGUGAGAACUUGUCUCGAACAGACAUAAACUUACCUGACACAAGAGGCACCUUGAUCAACUAGGAGGUCCUCUCAGGAUGAGGCCCUUUCAUUGCACUUUGACUGGGUUGACUCCUGCGAUUUCCCCUAAUGUGGGUAACUCGAGCGUAUAAUUUCUGGUAGUGGGGACCUGCGUUCGCGCUCGUCCCCUUCAACAUAUAAUAUUCAUGUAUAAAAGCCGGUUUAUGUUUUUUUAACAUUGCCCGUGUCGAUUGUUUUUGUAUAGAAUCAGAUGUCAAACAUAUCAUUUAUCACAGAGGACAGACACUCUAUAUUCUCCGUGUCGAAAUCUCCAUCCCGUGUUCAUAUUAUGGUAAGUAAAGCAGCUAUUAUACGUGUAGAUUUUGUAAGCACUUCGAGUCUUUGCACACUAUUAAUUCGCUGUAUAAAGUAACGCUUCCUUGCCACUGAAGCCCCGCGAAUCCAUCGCACAUACAUUCCAAGUGCCGAUUAACUGGCUCGCAUGUCACUCAAACGCACGUGUUUUGCCGGUCGAACUUAUAGAAUAGCAAGUAAACAUUUAUUCAAACAUCACAUUAUUUCACGGUGCGUGACUCGAAACCUUUCCGGGUCACAAUGCAAUUUGUGAGUGAAAGAAGUUAGAUGCAUUCAUGAAUCUUUAAAGAGCGCAAAAGCAGAUACGUUCGCAACUCUCGUCUCACGGUCCAUGCCACAUGGCCGCCGUGCCCCCUCUCCACGACCGCACGCGCGUGCGUGAGAGAACCGCGAGAGUCGCUGUGGGCGAUCAGCACGGACUUGCCGUGCUCGUGCGACGAGUAAUCAAGCGCUUGUCGACGUCCUAGUCGCUCGCAAGCGAGCUCCUUCUCACUGCGUUUUCGUGUCCGGUAGAAAUAUGUGUGCUGAACGGCGAAGAAGGCAUCGCUUCUCGGCCUUUUGGCUAAUUGGGAAGUUUUACCUUUUUUGGCUGGUGGUCAAUCUAUGGUUUUUUGGAAAGUUUUUCCUGCUGCUUUUUUUGGAGUUUUUCUAUCCUGGCCAGUUAUUGUGGUGCCCUGUUGGUCCUGCUUUGGCUCUGAUUGUGCUUUGGUUUUACUUUGGUCCUGCCUUGGUCUUGGUCCUGCCUUGGUCUUGGUUUGGCCCUGGUCUUGCCGUGGUUUUGGUUCUGCCUUGGUCUUGCUCUUGCCUUGGUCUUGUGCAGUUUUUUUUUUCCUCUCCUAAUUUGGAGUUUGUGAGUGUGUAAUUUUGUCUGCACCACAAGUCUAUUGUGGUAUUAUUUUCUAUAUAUAUAUAUUGGUGUGUUUUCUGGUUGUUCCCAAAUCCAGGGGCCCAUUAGGGGGAAACUGAACGGGGGGUGGACUAUAGGUUCUUGGUUGAGUUUUGUUUAAAGUGCUGUGCUUGACGGCAUUUUGAUAUGCCGUUCUUGCCCAGGUUAAUUAUUUUCAACAACUACAAUGAUUCCUUUUUUGAAUCGUACGGCAGACAUUAUUCUGUCCGAACAUUUAGAAGCCUGUGAUGUUAAUGUCAGGGAGGUAAUAGAGGAGUUUCAGGGCCAGUGUGACAAUUUUCGCACUACCUUUGAAGUUUUUGUUUAUAUGGCGCCGGGUCGCUUUCGUGUGCCUGCCGAGAAUUUCGGCUAUACUGUUCGGGGUUGGCCAGUUAUAUUUAAACCUAUCUCUUCCUUCAAGUGGGUUAAUGUAACAAAAUUAUCUUAUGGUGUCCCCAAUGAAGCUAUUUCUGCCGCGCUUGGGCCUUUAGGGCCAAUAAAGUUAAUUAAAAGCGAGCAAUAUUUGCACGUAUACACCGGGGUGCAUAAUGUUCUAAUGGAGGUUGCGCGGGAUAUUCCGGUUCGGAUGCGCAUUGCGGGGCAUUGGUGCAGCAUCUACUAUAAAGGUCAGAAACAGCCUUGUUUUACUUGCGGUCAGGAGGGCCACAUUAGUUCGAAAUGCCCGUCCAAGAUUCAGGAUGAGCAACGGGUGGUGAAUCAUUUAGUAGAGCAAGUGGUUCGGGACCAAGAUCCUGGCGGUUUUGGGGGUGAUCUGCCUGUGGCUGAGAUCCCUGUUGAUCCGUCGACCACUAUUGUUGGUCCCACUCUUCCUCCUGUGGUUAAUGAUGUGAAUGUAUCUGAUAAACUCCCAACCAGGGAUGUUAACUUUCCUGUGUCAGCUGUAGUCUGUGACAAGACGUUACUUGGUCCACAGCAGGCUGCUAGUGUUAACAAUUAGUCUGGUGCAGUUGAAGUUCACUCUCAGCGUGCUCGGAGGAAGCGUCGUCGGUCUCCUCGGGCGCGUUCUCGCUCACCAGUGAACAAAGAACGGAAGUGUGGUGAUUUCUCUUCAUCCGAAUUAAGUGAUGAUGAUAUUGAUGGUCAUCUGGAGGAUCUGUUCUCUGACGCUCUAUCAGAUCCUGUGAUCGCAGAUGGUCAGGAUUUAUUAGCAACAGCAAUAUUUUGGACUCUCCCUUGACUCAGUUUACCCCGAACCUCCCUGGUAACGUUCCAGGAGGUAAACCAAUUUUAGUACCAGUGGACUCUCAAGCGUCUAUAGAAAGUCGUGUAAUUGCGGAAUUUUUUUCUGAUUAUCCGGGAAAGGAUUGAUCCUUUCUCAGGUUUUUUCACAUAAUUUUUUUUGGUACCAAUUUUUUGUGUUUUUAAUAAUUAAUCAUAAUGGCGCAUUCUAAUUUGUCCAUUUUAACCUUAAAUGUACAAGGUCUUCGCUCAGCACUUAAUUGUACUACUUUGUUUUCUUGGCUUAAUUGUGUCAAGGCUGAUAUUAUAUGCCUUCAAGAAACUCAUUCCAUAUCCUGCGAAGAGUUCGAUUCGUGGAUUCGUUUGGAAUCUGAACAUGGUAAUAAUCUCCAACAUUAUUCUGUGGUUUCAUCGCCUGAAUUUCAUCGUAGUUCUGGAGUGGCCAUUCUGUAUAAUUCAACUGUCCAAUUAGCCCAUUCUGUUACUGAUGAUGCUGGUCGUCUUGUUAUUGCACACUUUUCAGUUAGUUCUAGUGAAUCCUCUUCUUUUCAAGUCGCUUGUGUUUAUUGUCCUAAUCGUAAGCAGCCUGGCGAAGAGUUCUUCUCGUACGUUCUUUCCCAACUAGAUCCUUCCUUUCCGACCAUUUUGGGUUGCGACUUCAACACCGUUGUUAAUCCGAAUCUUGAUUGUUUCGGCUGCAAUGCAGACUCGUAUUGGGCAUAUAAUUGGGCGCAGUCGCUCUCCCUUCUUACGUCCGAACUCAAUUUAGUUGAUGUUUGGCGUAAACGUCAUGCCUCCACACGCGAUUAUACUUGGCGUCGUCCCAAUGGUUCUCAGGCAUCCCGUCUGGAUAUGUUCUGGAUUACUUCAACUCUUCUGGGCACGGCAGAUCAAGUUGACAUUCUCCCAUUUUUUCGCUCAGAUCAUUCAUACGUAUAUAUGACUUUCAAGUUACCUUCCAUGCCAAGGCGUGGUUCAGGUGUAUGGAAAUUGAAUGCCUCCUUACUCAAAGAAGAAAAUUAUAUCUCCAUGAUACGUGACUUUUGGUCCGAAUGGCAGAAAGAAAAAGUAUCUUUCCCAUCUUUAGCCGUUUGGUGGGAUGCUGGGAAGAAACGAAUCCGGUCCAUGUCUCGUCGCUAUUCUGUUUGUCGAGCUCGCGAACGUCAAUCUCGUAUCAAGUCUUUGGAGCAUUCUUUGUUUCAUCUUGAUCGACGUAAACGUAAUGGGGAGGAAGUGUCUGGUUUAAUUAAUGAAGCGAAAUCUGCAUUAGAGAUCGAACAUCUUCAUGUUGCAACAGGUGCUAAAAUCCGGGCUCGAGAAAGAUGGGCUGAAGAAGGAGAAACAUCUUCUAGUUAUUUUUUUCGGCAGGAGAAGUCACACGUCGUGAAGAAACUGUUUUCUGGUAUCCGGAAUACACAGGGGGUUGUGGUCUCUUCGAUCUCCGCUCUUCUCUGUGUCUGGUGUAUGUUUUAUGUUCAACUUUUUUCCGCAUCUCUUCUUGUUGCUAGUGACCAGGAUUUUUUCAUUAAUUCCCUGGAGCUGUCAUUAUCAUCAUUGGAAUCGGGGGCAUGUGAAGGUGUUAUUCGAGAACAAGAAUGUAAGUCUGCCCUUCAGCAGAUGAAAAACAACAAGUCGCCCAGUGUCGAUGGUUUACCAUAUGAAUUCUAUCGUCAGUUUUGGUCCAUUCUUGGUUCAGAUUUGGUCGAUGUCUAUAAUGAGUGUUUUAUCUCUGGCAAACUUUCAUUUUCCCAAAGAACGGGCCUGAUUACUCUUUUAUACAAGCGUGGUGACAAGUUGGACACAAAGAAUUGGCGUCCCAUCUCUCUUCUUUGCACCGACCACAAAAUAUUAUCUAAAGUUUUAACAAAUAGGUUGCUCUCCAUUAUUUCUUCCGUCGUUGGAGUUGCACAGUCAUGUGGGGUUCCGGGUCGAUUUUCCAGUGAGAAUGUUCGUUUUAUACAAGACGCUAUUGACUAUGCUAAUGAUUCCAAUACUGGAGCAGCUUUAAUAUCUCUCGAUCAAGAGAAAGCCUUUGACCGAGUGGAAUGGCCUUUUAUGUUGAGAGUCUUGGAAGCAAUGAACUUUGGUCCAUCCUUUCGUGCCUGGGUCAAAUUAUUAUACACACAAAUUUUUUCUCAAGUUCUGGUCAAUGAUUUUACGAGCGACCUUUUCCCAGUUACACGUGGUGUUCGUCAAGGAUGUCCUCUGUCCCCACUUUUAUAUAUCCUUGUGGCGGAAACAAUUGCGAGUGCUAUCCGUAAAGAUCCAGAUAUUGAUGGUUUUUCUCUUCCCAAUGGUGUUCGGCAUAAGUUGUUUCAGUAUGCGGAUGAUACUAGUGUUUUUGUGAUGUCUGAUCAAUCGCUUUGUUCCCUGUUUUCUCUUUUUGAAAGAUAUGAGCAUGCUUUGGGUGCUAAAUUGAAUGUGUCAAAGUCUCAUGGAUUAUUAAUUGGAGCCUGGAAAUCUCGGUCCAACUUACCUGUUGCCCUUCACUGGUCUAAUGAGUUCAUCACUGUUCUUGGCUGCCGGUUGGGGAAUAACAUCAUUCCGGAUUGGGAUUACCUGUUGGAGAAAUUUGGAAAUCAACUAUCCGUUUGGACGAGCCGCCAAUUAUCUUUUCGAGGGCGUGCAAUGAUAGCAAAUGUCCUGGGUCUGAGCAUUUUUUGGUAUCAGGCUACGAUUUUUGAUGUGCCAAAGACAGCGAUCUUCCACAUUAAUAAGCUCCUUUUUCCCUUUGUUUGGAACAAGAAACGUGAAUGGAUGGCUCGAUCUUCUGUCACUCAGUCAUUUGCGGAUGGUGGCUUAGGUGUUGUCGACGUUUCGCGCAAAGUUUCGUCCCUUCAUGUGAUCUGGUUGAAGCCUUUUUUGUCGAAUCCUGCGACGCAUCCCUGGUCUUGGUUUUUUGCAUAUCAUGUGAAAAGAUUUUUUUCGAACCAAGAAGUCUGUACCUUAAUGGAAAGGAACGCUAUUCCUGCUUAUCUAGUCAAAAAGUUACCUCCUUUUUACGCAUCCUUGCUUCAAUCUUGGAUUCAGCUUAAAGGUACACGUGUUGAUUCGGAAUGGGUGAUUCCGCGUCCAUCUAUUGAUCCUCUUCCCAUCGAUCAAGUCACAGCGCGAAUUGGAUAUUCCCUUUUGUCCAAAUAUGAACAUGUUGAUCAUUGCUCAGUUGCCAAGUUCCAGGAUUGGGGUAUUGCUGUUGAUUGGAAAAGUGUCUGGUCUAGUCUUCUUGUGUGGAGAUUUGUACGAUCUGUCCAGGACACGGUAUAUUACCCACUUCUGAUCGUUUGGUUCGCAUGAGGAUGGCUGUCAACCCGCUAUGUUUUUGUCAACAACCUGAAACAUUAAUUCAUCUUUUUGUUACCUGCCCAUUUGCUCGUGAGAUCUUCUCGUAGUUUUUAUCCCAAUUCCGCAAGUUCAAGCAUGCGGCGGCUCUUACCAAUGGUGAAAUUCUGUUUGGUUUUCCUUCAUCACCUCGUGUUCCAGUGGUAUUUUCUGCCUUGAUGGGUGUUUUAAGACAUCAUAUUUGGCUUACAAGAAAUCGGCAUCGCUUCGAGUCUAUCCCUCCAGAUGUUCCAGAUACCCUUUGUAAAGCCCGUUCCACUUUUCGUUUUUUGGUUCGAAUGCAGAAACGUCAUCAUCCAAUGGAUCGUUUUACUCAUGAUUGGUUAGCUGGUGGUAUCGUUGGUUCUAUUACCGAUCAAGAUUGGAUUCGCUUUUCACCUGAUUUUAUCAUGUGAUGUCCUUUUUGUUUCCCUGGAAUGUGGUGGUCGCCUUUAUUGGUAGUUACUGCUGUUAUUUUGGGGAUUUGUCUUUUGUUUGUAGGGCGUUUUUGUCCGAUUACAUGUUUUGUACCAGUUGAUAACAUAAACCCUUGUAUACGUUUUAGUCUGGGUACGACAGCAAAAUGUCCUUUUUUUGGUCAUUUCAGUUAUUCGCAAUGCUUCUGUCGUAGAUCCUUUUUCCAUUAUGUGCAGUCCGUAAUUUUAUUGUCUUCAUGGUGUCAUUCCUUUGUCAUGUCAUUUUGUUUUGAUUAGUAUUUUGUUUUGUCUCUUGGGGUAGUGGUCUCCUUCAUUGGUGUACUGCUGUCGGGUUCAAUGGUCUCCUUUAUUGUGCGCACUAUUAUUCCCUGAUCUGGGGUCGUUGCUUAUCAUGAUGAUUUCAACAUCAGUCAGUACCAUGCCUUCAAUCAUUCUCCAUCUUAGGUUUUAGGGAUCCCUGAGCAUGAAGGUGUCUGAACAGUACCUGAGCGUUUAGGCCAUUCAUGGUCGCAUCAUGGCACGAGGGAGAGAGUCGUACUCUCUGUAGAUCUGCGUCGCUGGGUAGCGGCCCCUCUGGAUACGGCAAAUUCACCGGUUUUACAGAUUCCAUUGCACCGUCGGAAUUACUUAAACCGUUGUCGUAUAAUUCAAAAUAAGAUCAAGUGUAGUAUCUGUUCUUAUCAGCUUAAUAUCUGAUAUGUUAGGCAAUGCCUAACUCGUAUAUUAAACUGAUUUUUGGACUUCGGCCAUGGGAUUGAAGCUUGCUUCGCCCUGGCCACGGGUUGUCUCGGUAUUGCACUACAUCCGAGUACGGCCCCUUCCCCACUCGGGGAAGAACAUUUUUUUAUUUCAAAAACAAAUCAAACUAUAAAACAAUCUCCAGGUUAUUAAAAGAUUACACACACACUUAAGUACACGGGGGUUUUCACAUGCCGAUAGAUUUAUAUUAACACCAUACUCUCGAAUAGCACGUGAAAUAUAAUCACGGCUCAGUCUCAUGCAUAUGUAACAUACAUAUCAUAUGACUUGUAACACUUUAUUAUUAUCCAAUGUCGAUAUUUUACACCUUGUGAGCGUGCUUUCAUUAAACUAUGAACCGAAUCGACUACAUAUAAUUUGACUAACAUACUUUCUCACUCUCUAGAUCGCGGCACAUGACGUUCAAGACAAGAGGGAAACCCCCGAACUACCACAAUCGCGUCUCAUCAUCAUCGCGUAUAUAAGGUGAGCGGCGCAAACAACAGCAUACUUACCUGACGCGAGAGGCACCUUGAUCAACUAGGAGGUCCUCUCAGGAUGAGGCCCUUUCAUUGCACUUCGACUGGGUUGACUCUUGCGAUUACCCCUAAUGUGGGUAACUCGAGUGUAUAAUUUGUGGUAGUGGGGACCUGCGUUCGCGCUCGUCCCCUUCAACAUAUUAUAUAAAUGUAUAAAGCCGUGUGUUUUUUUCCUAACAAUGCCGUGUGUCGAUUGUUUUUGUAUAGAAUCAGAUGUCGAACAUAUCAUUUAUCACAGAAGACACCCUAUAUAUAUAUAUUCUCCGUGCCGAAAUCUCCAUCUCGUGUUCAUAUUAUAUGGUAAAGUAAAGGUAUACAUGCUUAUAUUUUGUAAGCACUUCGAGACUUUGCACACUAUUCAAUUAAUUCGCUGUAUAAAGUCACUUGCUUGCCAACGGAAUUUCAGUCCAUCGCACGUACAUUUCAAGCGCCGAUUAACUGGCUCGCGUGUCACUCAAACGCACAUGUUUUGCCGGUCGAACUUAUAGAAUACCAAGUAAACAUUUAUUCAAACAUCGCAUUUAUUUCACGGUGCGUGACCUGAAACCUUUCCGGGUCACAAUGCAAUUUGGAAGUGAAAGAAGCUUGACGCAUUCCUGGAUCUUUAAGGAGCGCGAAAGCCGAUACGUUCGCAACUCUCGUCUUGCGGUCCAUGCCACAUGGCCGCCGUGCCCCUCUCCACGACCACACACGUGUGCGCGAGAGAACCGCGAGAGUGGCGGUGGGCGAUCACCAUGGACUUGCCGUGCUCGUGCGACGAGUGAUCAAGCGAUUGUCGACGUCAUAAUCGCUCGCAAGCGAGCUCCUUCUCAUCGCGUUUUCGUAGCACAAGUGUUCCGUAGAAAUAUGUGUGGCAAACGGCGAAGAAGGCAUCGCUUCUUGGCCUUUUGGCUAAGUUUUAUUUUGUAAAUUUUGUCGUUUUUUGUGAAUUCUGUACAUAAAUAAGAUAUCAAAGUAACCGUAAAGAUCUGGUGAAUAUCGCUGUUUGCUUUUUGUAUUAAUAUUAUAUCGCAGUAAAGAAUUAUAUCGGAAUCUGUGUUCGCGUUGGAAUAUUUAUUAUCACCCGCCACUACAAUCUGGCUAUUUUCGUUCUGGCCGUAUAACUUGUCUUGUGAUUUCUGGAAUUUGUUCAAAUUUACUGUGUGGAUUGUGACUUGUAUUUGUAUUAUAUUGUCAAAGUCUGGGCCUCUCAAGUUAUUCUGAUCCUGAAUUAUAUUUUAUAUAUAUCUGCCCGUUGGUGUACUUUUGUAUUAAUUAUAACUUGGAAUUCGUCAUUCGUGUCAAGUUGGUCCGUAUAUUUAUCGUUUGUGCUGCGUUGUUUACGUAAACUGUCGUUAGAUUUGUACUUUGUCGAUCAUUUGGAACAGUUUAAUGUGUUUUUUGGCCUAGUUAUGUUGAUUAUUCUGUGAGUUAUCCGCGUUUUGGAUUGUAUCGCGUACUGUCUGCGUAAUAUUGUUUACAAUUCGUCAGGAUUUAUAUUUCGUUUAUAACUUUGGCGUUAGUGUAUCUAUCCUUCUGAAACUUUGGUGUUUUAUAGUUUUCAGUAAUCGUAGUAACCCCAGCAAGUUUGGUGAAGAUAGCUUCAUCAUGAAGCGUAGCCAUGUGUAGUCGUGUGAAUUACUCCCGUAGUUCUAUCUUGCUUUUUCUGGCGGUUUUGUGCUUAUCGAGUUAUAUUUGUAGCUCAUACUCAAAGAUUAGUGGCAAAUAUGGAAACUAUCCCAUUGACUGCUCAUUUUAUCGACCGAAAUCAAUAUCAAUAAGGAUAUUGUGUACGAAGCUUCCUUGCUCAUGUGGAAAUUGUUCGUGGACGAAGCAUGGAUAUUUGUCGUUGGCGUCUCCAAGGUCCCUUCCAAAAGAAGACCUUACUAUUUAUAUGGACGUUGCCAUAAAUCCUGGACCUGUGGGAGUUCGUGCUUGUAAAUCUGAUUCAACUGUAAAACCUAGUCAAAUGCGUUCGCCAUUAGUGCCCUCGAACCCGAAGACAUUGCUUGCUGCAUCUCCUAUGAUACGUGAAUCAAAGCGAUAUACCUCUCAGAUAAGUUCUCGUAUUUUUACUAUUCCUGUUGUAUAUUCAGGUUUAAGAGAACGGAAAAGGACUGAAAAACCUAAUUUUCGCUUUCUGCGCCCGGUUAAAACAGUAGGGGAGAAUUUCGAAGUUGCAUAUAAUAUUCAAACAUUAGUCACGCCUCGCCAACCACAUGUCCGUCGUCAUAAACAAACUGUGAAUCGCAACGACCUUAUCUUGAUUCCUAUAUGCCGAACUGAUACUAGUUUUAGACCUACCAGAAGGGCCAAGUUUAGUCUCUUAAAUGCAAGAUCCAUUAGCAACAAAUCUACAGCAAUCAGAGAAUUUAUUGCCAAUAAUAGUGUCGAUAUAACUGAAACGUGGCUGAAUCAAGACAGUCAGAAUGAAUAUAUAAUUAGAAAUUGUACGCCUUUGAAUUAUGUCUUUAAGCACGUUGCCAGGAAAUCCAGAGGUGGUGGAGUGGCAUUGAUUUACAAAAAGGCUUUUGCGUUUAAGCAAAUCUCUCGGAUGCAGUUUAAAUCGUUUGAAUAUAUGGAUAUG